AUGCGUCGACAACGAGGCGAGUCGCUGAGCGACCGACUGCGGUCCGAGGUGCAGAUGUCUGCGGCCCUGUGGCAGAUCGGACUCAACAUCGAGGAAAGUUCGGCUACUGGGGGAGAUGCAAAGGCUGGCGGUUGUAGUCGCCGAUUUUCAGCUGGCUAUCCGUGUCCCCGAGAAGUGAAGCCGCUGCUUUUCUUCUACAAGUAUCUCCAGCCUAUAGGCCCCGCGGACUCAGUCAGUGGCACAGGGAACAACAAUGUCAAUACAACUACAAGCAGCAGCUCGCAGAGGAAGCUGCGCGUCAACCUACCUCUGACCGUAGUUUGCGAGCGUGCAAACGCUCAGGAAAUGGUGUUAUGGCUGCGUACAGACGCUCAAGGCAACGUCGUGCGUGAGGAGAAGACCCCUCUGUGGCGCAAGAAGCUGCACAACGACCUCCUGGGCAUCGCGUCGGCUUCAUCGGCUACCCCUUCAAACAGUCACGAAAGCGACCCGGUCCUGGCAGUGCGGAGUGUGGCGCGAUGGAAGAGCAACAACAGUCCUAGCGGUGGAAGCGCAGUUGUCCUCACUCGACGAACGCUGGACCCUGUAAUGGCUGUGCCGUGCGAGCUGCCGAUAUGCGUCCAGCAGUUUGUUCACUGUCGCGGAUCUCAAGCCAGCGUCUACCGCAUCUUCUGGUGCGAGCAGGAGCGCAAGUGCUUCGCCGUGAAUCUUACCAGCAGGUACGGCCUUGAUACCAUCUUCUGUAUUGGCCACCAUGUUGACUAA